AUGAAAACCACAUACGUUUCUCUAUUUUUUAUCAUAUUACUAAUUUUCGGGGGUUUUGAAUAUAAGGCAUCACCCAUUGAUGAGACAAACGAUUCAAAACCUAAUAAGGUUAAAUUAAUAGAAAAAAUAAAUAGCUUAUUUAAGAAUAAACGAAACACAAAGAUAGCAGCUAUAGCUGCUUCUAUUGCAGGAUCAGCAAUCGCCCUUGCGUUAACGCUUGCUUGUAUGAACCCUGAAGUUCGAGAAAAAUUUAGAAUUGGAAAGCGUAUUAAAGAAUUUGAUGAUGUAAACACCCCUCAAGAUAUAUCAUUAAUAAAUCCAGUCGAAAAUCCAUACCCAGAAAAUUCACCAGAAAAUUCACCAGAAAAUUCACCAGAAAAAUAUAUAGAAGAAUCUCAUAAGCACUACACAAAACGGUUUCUAGAACAAUAUACAGAGCCCAAACCAAGCGAUCAUACAUACAGUUAUAGCCCCACUGAAGAAGCAUAUAACACACAUUAUAUGGCAUCAGAUACUCAUGAAGAUUAUGGCAAACUAUUUACAGAUGAACAUAAGGACGAAAUAAAUGAUAAUAUAGUUUAUCACGAUGAAUUAAGCGAUUUAGUGGGUGAAGGAAAUAACGUUUAUAACAUGGAAAAUAAAUCAUUCGGCCCAUACAUAUAA